GCUACAGUAUAGUGAUGUCAGUCAGAAUGGCUCCUCCUCUUCCUCUGAUCUUCCUGCUGAUGAUUCACGGGGUUUCUAGUGCUGAUUGGGGUGUGAGUUACAGUCAUUCACACAUCUGUGCACUAAAGAACUCAUCAGUGAUAAUGAGCUGCACUUAUACAUACCCUACUGGAUAUCAGAUCAAGAAAGUGUUCUGGACCAAAGACCAUAUAAGGGGUGCAGAGCCUCCAGAUCUGUCUGAGGAUCCUGAAUACAGUCAGAGGCUUCAGUAUCUGGGAGAUAAACAGCAGAACUGCACCAUCAGACUGAAUCAUGUGACACAGAAAGAUGAACAUGAGUACUGUUUCAGACUCACAACUCAUAUACCUGAUAAGAAGUGGACUGGUAAACCAGGAGUGAGUCUUACUGUCACAGAUCUUCAGGUGGAGUCUCCUGAGAGAGUGACAGAGGGAGAUUCAGUCCGUCUGACAUGUAAAAGCAGCUGCACUCUGACUGACAGAGCAACAUUCAUCUGGUACAGAAACUCACAGCCAUUAACUGAGAGAAGAGACAGAAACAAUGAACUCCUGCUGCAGUCAGUCAGAAGAGAGGAUGCAGGCAGAUAUAGCUCUGUGCUGCACAUGGACACGAUUACUAUCUAA